AUGAAGGUAAACAAUGAGAUAGAAGGAGAUAAGCAGUGUCUUCCUAGGGAUGAAUUUUAUCCAGUUAUGCACAGGAUGCUUCGCAACAAAAUUUCAUGGGGAAGCAAUUUUAAAUUUUUCCGUCGGGCUAACUUUCGAGCAUUUGUACUGGAAUGGAUGGAGUCUAUUCUGAGUGACUUUGGCGAUGUCCUUCGUCAAGCUAAUAUAUAUGGGGCUGUGGCUGUUUCUUGGUACUCCUAUGAAUGGAGAGCAUUCUGCGAGUUAUGGGGGCCUUUAUCCAACACAUUUCAUCAUGGGAAUGGUGAAAUGGGCAUUUCCUUAUACGACCUAAAAGUUAUUGGCGGGUUACCAAUUUUGGGUCUCCCAUAUGAUGAAUUUAUCCCCUUGAACAAAGAAUUAUGUCGUGAAGACUUAUACCCAUCAACCGUUGGUGAACUUUUGAAAAUCCAUGCUCAACUAUGCGUUUUCCAUAAGAAAGGGCAAGUUUUCCACGACCAAUGGAUUGAGCAUUUCUUUCGAGGGGAAGCCAUAUAUGGUGCUGCGGGGAAUAACAAUAACAUAAUUCCCAAACAUAAGGCCGAAGACCUCAAAUUUCCCUUGAACAUUUCACGCGAAGGACAGUUGGCUGCUUUCUUAGCCUUUUGGCUUAGCCGUUUUGUCUUACCCCUUGAUAAUGCCAUAAGGCCAGAAUGUUUCUAUAUGGCCAGUUUGAUGGCGAGAGGGUUUAGAGUUUCACUUGCUCCAGCAGUGUUGGGACUUAUUUAUCAUGCCCUCGGUACAGUUGUUACUCAUCGUAAGGGUCCUGGUUUAGCAAAUGCAUAUCUUCCCAUUCAUUAUGUGAUUGUAUGGUUAGGGGAGCACUUUCCUGAUCUGAUUGAUCGUUGGUGUGAUAAUGAUUUUCCAGCACAUUACCCUCUUCUAGCGAGAAUCAUCUUCAAGAGUGAGUUUAUGGUUGAUCGCCCCAAUGUUUUCCUUGCACAUGAAGAUUGCAUUCUUUUAGACACGGAGAGUCUUGCGGACGAUGCCUUUGAGUUCUUGGUGGCAAUCUUUGGUUGGAGCCUUACUACCCAAAUAGAUUUGCUCGCCAGUUUGGCUUUGAUCAAGGAGUUCCAGCAAACAAGCUUUUAUUUAGUGUAUGUGAGAGGCAGUGAUGCGGGAUUGAGAAGUUGGCGAGAGCCCAAGCGGUCCUUCUGCGCAAAGAUACCACGACGCGUUUCUAUAUUCUGUGCUCCACCCGCAUUGGAGAAUGCUAUUGGUGUGGUAGACAAGCAUGUCCCAAGGAGGGACCACGUCUUUGUGACUGAUAAUUUGAAAAGUAUCUCAACAGGCAUGAGCAAAAGUGGCUUUAAUUCAUCUUUACCUCCUCAUGGUGCUUCUUCGAGCAAAGGGCACAAGAAGAGAAUUCGUAGGGCUAAAGGGAAACAUUUCUCAGGGGUUAAUCACGUGAUGCACCAAUCCCAAAGGGUUAAUUGA